UUUAAAGUAUUGUAUAUUAUAUUACUAAUGUGACAGACAUGUUAAUCUAAAACAAAUGUCAAAUCCUACACUAAAAUCCCAAAUUCAGUAAAUGAAAUUAAUAGACUUUUUAGACAUUAUAGCUCAACCUCUUAGAAAAAAUUGAAAAACCAAACAUAAAUAGGACAGCAUCAAUAUUGUCUGCUUGUGGUUGACCAUUUUGAAUCCCACGCGCUCCCAUUGGAAAGUGGGGCCGAAAUUCCAGCUCUUUCCUUUGGUAUCCUUUAUACUUUAACCUCUUUUCACUUUGGAAACUACAGCUGCUCUUCUGCCACUCUCUCCCCUCCUCUUGCUACUGCCCUUUUUUCUCUGUUGCACCAAAAACUAGAAGGGAAGGGUGGGACUCACUUUUUGUAGAGAACAAAACAAAAAAAUUAGAAGAAAAAAAAAAAACACAUAAACCAAAGUGUUUUUUGACAUUGGGUUUUUGAUAAAUACUUCCAUUUUCAAGGCUUUUCUUGGGGGUAAAUUUCAAAGACUAGAACAAAAAAGAAGAAGAGGGUUUUGGUUUUGGAGGAUAUAGGUGAAAAGAAAGACAAGGAAAUUUGUGGAGUAUAUCGAAUUCUUGUGUUUGUGAAAAGAAAGGUUUUUGUUUUGAGCAUUGUUUUAAAGCUAAAAUAUGAGGUGAGUUAUGGUUUUGAAGUGCAGCUUUAUGAUCUGUGGGAUGUUAGAAAGCAAAGAAAAGAAUUGGUUUUUGGAGCAUAAUAACCAUUUGAAGAUGUCUUGGGUUCGUCAUCAUAAUCAUCUGCAAAUCAAGCAAAAAGAUGGUUACUUUCAGUAUCCACCACCUCUUCCUCCAUCAUCAUCAUCAUCAUCAUCAUCAUCUUCAAACCCUUCACCAUCAUCUUCUGGUACUAAAAUUAGUCCUGCUGUUCUUUUCAUUAUAGUAAUUUUAGCUGUUCUAUUUUUCAUCUCUGGUCUCCUCCACCUGCUUGUUAGAUUUCUUAUAAAACAUCCAUCUUCAUCUACAUCUUCACAAUCUAAUAGAUACCCUGAAAUAUCUACAUCUGAUGCUCUUCAAAGACAGCUACAACAACUGUUUCAUCUCCAUGAUUCUGGUUUAGAUCAGGCUUUUAUUGAUGCUUUACCUGUAUUUCAAUACAAAGAAAUAGUUGGUUUAAAAGAGCCCUUUGAUUGUGCUGUUUGUUUGUGUGAAUUUUCUGAGAAAGAUAAACUGAGGUUGCUUCCUAUGUGUAGCCAUGCUUUUCAUAUAAACUGUAUUGACACCUGGCUCUUGUCAAACUCAACAUGCCCUCUUUGUAGAGGUACCCUUUUCACUCCUGGGUUUUCAAUGGAGAAUCCAGUUUUUGAUUUUGAUGACUUAAGGGAAGAUGAAGGGUGUGUUGGUAAUGGUGAAAAUGGAUUUACCCCUAGUCAAAAAACAGUGGAAAUGGAAGAAAUAGUUGUUGACAAAGGGGUUUUACCUGUUAGGCUUGGGAAAUUCAGAAGGAUAAAUCGUGAACCAGAUGAAGCAGGUGGUGAAACCAGUAGCAGCAACUUAGAUGCAAGGAGGUGUUUUUCAAUGGGUUCUUAUCAAUAUGUGCUGGCCAAGUCAGAUCUAAGGGUUACCCUCUCUGGUGGUCAACAACACCAUAGCCAUGAUAUUAAGCAUUCAUCAGCUGAAAGAGAUGCAGAAGAGAAAAAGAUCAGUAAUAUGAGUAAAGGUGAAAGCUUUUCAGUUUCGAAGAUCUGGCUUUGGUCUAAGAAAGGCAAAUUCUCAACUUCAUCAGAAUCCCAAACUGGUAUGACAUCUUCUCUUAACUCAGACUUGCCAUGGCUGAAGAAAACACAAGAACAAUGAAAGCUUAUUAUGCUUUUAGUUCUUAUGUCACAUGUUUCUUGUUCUGAAAUCUGAAACUUCAAAAAAAAAAAAAAAAAAAGGAACUACUCACCAUAGCCAUUUGCUCUUGUUUUAAAAACAUGAAUGGAAUGAGAGGAUUAGAAUUCAUGUAGGAAAAAAGGCCAUUCGUUGUACUACUCAAACUCAUGUUGUCAUAUUUAUGUAAAACAAGAUAUUUCAACAAAUCUUUUCUAUGGUUAUGCAUAUCUUAGGGAUCUAAUAUCAUUUGUUCUUUUAGUAUCAUCACAGCUUUGUGUGGUUACCUCACUGGUUAAUUCUUCAUGUAGAAGGUUAUGGUAAGUAAAAUUCUAUGUUUUAAGGUUGAAAUGGUUCUAAUUUUUCCAUAAAAUUUCCCCUUGGAUCAUAUUUUUAUCUCAUAUUCUAUGAUGGUUAAAAACAAUUACUUUAGGAUAAUGGAGUCCCUUGUAUUAGAAUACAUUUUGUCCUUUUUUUUACUAAAAGAAUGAGUAAAUUAGUCCCUGUACAUUAUAUCAAAGAGUAAAUUGAUACUUCUGUUAAAAAUUAGUUUCUGAAUGUCAGAAUGAGGUGCUUGUCAGGUGUAAUUAUUUAGUUAUUCCGUAUGAACGGAAAUGAAUAAAUUUUUAAUAGAAA